AUAAUGUUUGAGUCCUUCUAAUAACAAUGUGAAUAGAUUUAUUCUGAAAACCAAGACAGUAAUUUUAGUUAUCCUAUAUUAGUCAUAAAAUAGUUAAAUAAACUCAAAUAAAGUGCUAUGGAUAAAAAUCAAGAAAUAUUAAAAUUACACAAUAUAGUUAAAGGAGUAGAACAAGAAUAUUAACCAAUUAAAGAUAAAAUACAAUCAAUUAAAAGUUAAGUAGAAGAUUCUGAACUCAAUAAAUAAGCUAUUUAUGAUUCUUUUGAAGAACUUGAAAAUAUGAUUAUACGUUAGAUUGCAGAACAAAUUAAAAUGGGUAAAAAACCCAAAAAGACUUUGAAGAAAGACUCUCCAUCAAAAAGUAAAAUUAAUAAUGAAAAUGAUCAAAACACAAUAAACCUCCGAAAACGAACAAUUAAAUAAUAAAAUUUUGAUGAAAAUUCUGAAACAAGUGAAUCGAUUGAACCUAUUAAAGUAUAAAAAAAGAAGGUAAAAACUAAUUCUGAAGCCUUAGAUAAAGCCAAUUGUUUAAUUAAUGAGAUUUUUAAUUUUAAUUGA